AUGACUUUACUAGCAUUCAUCUUCCUGCUUGCCUUUCUCCCAGCUGAAUCUGCAAAGAGCAGAUACCUCCCCAAGGCAGCAAGUAACCCUGUGUUCGGACCACGGCAGGUAUAUGGUCUGCUUGACGGGUCAGUUGCCGUGAAAUGCUUCUACCCUCCCACCAGUGUGAACAGACACGACAGAAAGUAUUGGUGCAGGGAAUCGGCCACAGGCUGCAUGACCAUUCUCUCCACCAACGGCUACAUCGCUCCAGGCUACCAAGGCAGAGCCUCCAUCACUGACUACCCGCAGGAAGAAAACUUCCAGAUUAACAUCUCUGCGCUUACAAUGGCAGACGCAGGCACCUACCAGUGCGGUAUUGGUAUCAAUGGCAGAGGGCUCUCUUACAAAGUCAAUCUGGAUGUUUCUAAAGGUCCACAUGUGCCUGAGGGACCUGAGCUCUUCUACGUGAAGCUGUACAGCACUUUGACCAUAUCCUGCAGCUUUGGGCGUGACUAUGAGAGUGCGAGGAAAUUCUUGUGCAAAAUGGAGAAAAACAGCUGCCUUAACAUCAUCGAUAGUUAUGGGAAUGUUGAUAAGGAUUACACAGGGCGAGCUCUGCUGAGCAAUGAGGACAUUCCAGGCUCAUUCAGAAUCGUGAUAACUCACAUGGGAUGGCAAGACUCUGGCUUGUAUCUGUGCGGGGUCGGCUCCUAUGGGGAGUACGGAGAAACAAAGGAACUAGAUGUGCAUGUUUAUGAGGAGGCAGAUGUUCCUCAAGGAAAGCCCACAAUAACUGGAGUAAAAGGAAGUUCAGUAACUUUUGAAUGCCACUAUGGGCUUGUAAAAACAUCCAUAGUGAAGUACUGGUGCAAGUGGAGACAGCAUGGGUGUGCUCGGAUCAUAGACAACACUGGGUAUGUGUCGCCAGCAUACGAAGGAAGAGUGGCCAUGUUCCACAGCCCAAAUAACACAAUCACCAUCAUCCUGAACCAGCUGAAGGACACUGACGAAGGCUAUUACUGGUGCAUGACAGAAGAGGAGAAGGAGCAGCAAUCAUCAACUGAGCUGAAGAUCACGGACGGACAACCCGCACUGAGGGGAAAGAAUGACGUGGAAGCACAAGUGGGUUCACGGGUCGAUUUAACUUGCUCUUAUCCAUGCAAGUACUACUCCUACCAGAAGUACUGGUGCAAGUGGAGCAACACUGGCUGCACCCCCAUGCCUGCUUCUGACCAAAGGCAGCCAGGACCAGAUGUUACCUGUAGCACUGACAACAAGACAGUUAUCCUAAGCUUUGACUCAGUGACAAAGAAUGACCAAGGGUGGUACUGGUGUGGAGUGAAGCGUGGUGACCUCUUUGGGGAAACCAUGGCAGCCUACCUGCAGGUGACUGAAGGAAGCAGAGGCAACCCCAACCUCGAGCUCCUGGGUGUCGAUGCCCCCAGCCGCACCGAGGGCGACCUUGCUCCCCAAGGAAGAGCUUUCAGCGGUGCUGCGGUGGAAAGCGCGGCUGCCUCGGAAAGCUCUGACCAAAGCCAUGGCCCCGAUGUACUUGCUUUAGUCCUGGGCCCUCUUGGUGCCGUGCUCCUGAUCCUCAUGACAGCUUUCGCCGUUUUUAAAUACAGGCAGCUGAAGCGGUCGGACCUGGUGUCCGUCGGGAGCUACAGGACAAACAUCAGCAUGUCGGACUUCGAAAGCGUGAAGGAGUACAGCGCAAGCAAUAACGCCUGCGAGAAAGAGACCCAGGAGACUCAGAUAGGAGGGGACGAGUUAAUCACCACCAUGGCCCCCCCGGAAAGCGCUGCCGAGACAAAGAAGGCAAAAAGGAGCUCCAAGGAGGAUGUUGACCUCGCCUACUCCGCCUUCCUCCUCACCUCCAGCAACAUCGCACAGGGCAGCUCCGGGGGGGAUAGCGCUGCCCCGGCCGUGUCCCCCCUGAACUAG